CACAACGAUAUCGACCAACGCGUUCACAAUUUCCUCCGCGAAGACGCGAAGACCUCCAGAAGAUUUCACCAGUGGCCAACCUAUCUGCUGCAACCUGGACCAGCCGGGUUGGUGAUAAGCAAACGAAAAGCUUUCAUAAAACUUCCUCGCCUCAAAGUCAAAACGCUCCAGUGCUGACUUCUUUGUUUGCAAAAAGACGUCUUCGUUUGCUUGCCUCAUUCUUGUCAAAGAAAAAUUGAUCGACUCUGGACUCUGACUCCACUUUGAUUGGUAUUUCCUCGUCUGCAUUUCCUUUCUCUGUUUGCUUGACUUUUUCUGAUUUCUUUUUGGAACAGAUCGACCAUGGCACCCUCCUUCACCGAGUCCAACGGCAAAGAUACGGCUGAGUUCGACGAAGAGGGCAGCGUGAGUGGUGAAUACGCUUCCUCCAUCUUCAGCAGUAAUACCAAGGUUGCAUCGAGCCGUGGCGGCGAUGACGACACUCAGUCCUUUCGGAUUGCCGAGAAGGAAUCUCGCCAAGUCUUUUGGCAGCGUCUGUUUGUGACCGUCAUGUUGAUCUCGGCGACGGUCGCUGUCUCCUUGGCGGUCUACUUUGUCACGUCCAAUGCCGAAGAGCAGGAGUUUGAAGCUCACUUUCAAGGAGGCGCCUACAAGAUUGCCUCGUCCUUUGAAGCCAUUAUGAUUGAAAAGAUGGGGGCUGUGGGAUCUCUCUGUUUGGCAUUGACUGCCAGUGGCAAAAAGACCAGUCAUGACCCCAGCACCAACACCAACGAUCCGAACAAGAAGAAACACACCUGGCCCUUUGUCACCAUGGAUUCCUUCCAUGAACGAGCUGCAUCUGCCAGGAUCCUGAGCAAUGUCCUUCACAUGUCGGUCUUGCCACUGGUCACGGAAGACAAUCGCGUGCCAUGGGAAGAUUACUCUGUCAAGAACGGAGAGUGGUACGCCGAAGGAUUCGCCUAUCAGCAAGCCAUCAUUGAGAACGGAUUCUCUCUCCAAGGAGCCGUGACUCACAACAGCGGAGAUGGUGCAGAUGGAAGAGCACUUCAAGAAUCCAAUGGGACAGAGACCACCACCACCGCGAAUGCAACGGCAGAGGAGGAAGAAGAAGAGUUCAAUCUCUUCAUCCCUUUCAUAUACGAGUUCACCGAGUAUUGGGACAUUGCCCCUCCAUCCAAUGAGUCCGCUCCCUUUGCUCCCGUCUGGCAAUCUGCCCCCACUACCGUCCGCGAUGGUAUCAACUUGAACGUUAGGUCCUUUACAGAAGGAAAGAUUGGAGUGGAUACCGCACACUCUACCGGAGAACUCGCGCUACGUGGUUUCAUGACAUCCGAACCUGGAAACUCCACCAGCGAAGAUGGUCUCACUGCCUGGUACGCAGAGCUUCUCAGUACCCACGCGGGAAAACCUGUCUACUACAAUGGAGACCCCCUCAGCGAGGCUGCUUAUCCCAUUUUCGCGGACUUUGAUGAUGAAAAUGACAAUGGGGAACGGGAGGUGGUGGCCGUCAUGAAUGCUCAGUUCUCGUGGCAAACCUACUUUGAAGGACUACUCCCGGACACCAACCGUGGCUUUCUCGUGGUCUUGACCAAUGAAUGUGAUGGUUCCUUCACCUAUGUCAUCAACGGCGCCGAGGUGGAUAAACUGGGGUUUGGUGACCUCCACGACCCCAAGUUCGAUCACAUGAACGUGUCCACUUAUCUGCAAGAUGGGUUGACCAUUCACGAUGGAUCUGCCACCGGUGUCAAGCUCAACCAACGAGGAUGCCCCUACUCGCUUCAUGUGUACCCCUCGCAAGAGAUCAUGAAUGAGUACAUCACGUCCAUGCCCAUUAUCAUUACGGUUUGCAUCGUCUUCAUCUUCCUUUUGACGGCAACCAGCUUUGUCGUGUACGAUCGGCUCGUCGAAAAGCGGCAAAAGGUUGUCGUCACCACAGCAAAACAGUCUACCGACAUUAUUGGAAGUCUCUUUCCGGAAAAUGUUCGUGACCGGCUCCUCCAAGAUCCCAACCGAGGUGACUUGCUCUCGCCCAAUCAGCGUGUCAAGUCUUACUUGAACAGCUCGGGCGGCGGUGGCGGCGAUUCUUUCUUCAACGAUUCUAUGAAGCCCAUUGCUGACCUUUUCCCAAACACCACCGUCAUGUUCGCCGAUAUCUCAGGCUUCACAGCCUGGUCCUCAACCCGAGAUCCUUCCCAAGUUUUCAUGCUCCUGCAGCGCAUCUAUGGAGAAUUCGAUGAGGUUGCAAGGAGGAGGAAUGUGUUCAAGGUGGAAACGAUCGGGGAUUGUUAUGUUGCCUGCGCCGGUCUUCCCAACAAGCAACCAAACCAUGCAGCAAUCAUGAGCCGGUUUGCCUGGGAAUGCAAGUCGAAGCUGGCUGUCAUCCUGAAACACCUUGAAGUGUCCUUGGGACCCGAUACUGGAGACCUUUCCAUGCGAUUUGGGCUUCAUUCGGGGGCUGUCACUGCUGGGGUGUUGAGGGGUGAUAAGGCGAGGUUCCAACUCUUUGGAGACACGGUCAACACGGCUGCAAGGAUGGAGCAAACGGGUGUGCCAGAGAAGAUCCAAGUCUCACACGCCACUGCUAAUCUGCUCACUGCAGCCGGCAAGGGUCACUGGCUUGAAAGUCGGGACGACUCCAUCGUUGCCAAGGGCAAGGGAGUGCUCAACACUUUCUUCGUGGACCCAACUCGCCAAGAGGACGGUACCACAUCUGCAAAGGUUUCUUCUCGUGUGGCAAAGUCUGCCUCUGAGAUGAAGGCGAAGAAGCAGAAGCGCCUCGUCCAAUGGAUGACAGAAGUGUUGUUGGAACGUCUCCGCCAGAUAGUCGCCCGCCGAGACAAGGUGCAAGGUGGAAGCUUUAAAGAGGAGGCUCAAGCCAAUAAGUCCGCGCCAACAACAGCAGCUGCCUCGGUGGGCAGUGGAAUCCCAAUGGACGAGGUUGUCGAGGCUAUCAAGUUGCCAGACUUCGAUGACAACGCGGUGACUGAAGAAGACCUGUCAUUCGUACAUAUCCCUGAAGUUGUCGUCGACCAGCUGAGAGCGCACGUAACAGCAAUCGCAGAAAGCUACCAGGACAACCCGUUUCACAACUUCGAACAUGCUUGUCACGUCACCAUGUCUACCACAAAGUUCCUUGGAAGAAUCGCUUCCAUGGAAAUCGAUCUUCCCACACUCCAGGGCAAGGAUGCUCGUGCAGCGGUUGCUUCUCACAUCCACGAUUACACCCAUGGAAUUUUGUCCGACCCAUUGACGCUCUUUGGAAUCGUCUACAGUUCCCUCAUCCAUGACUGCGACCACGCUGGGGUCGGCAAUGCCCAAACCAUCAAAGAAAAUCCAAAAAUGGGUGAAAAGUAUCAAGGAAAGAGUGUUGCGGAACAGAACUCGCUUGACAUUGCCUGGAAUCUGCUCAUGUCGGAACGUUUCGCAGAACUGCGAGCCCUUUUGUUUGCCAAUGACAAGGCAGAGAUGGCACGGUUCCGUCAAGUCGUGGUGAAUAUUGUAUUGGCCACCGACAUCUUUGAUAAAGAACUGAAUGGAUUGAGAAAGGGACGCUGGAACAAGGCUUUUGAAGAGAGCGCAGAGGGCUCAAACAGCCAUUUGAGAGCAACAAUCGUUCUGGAGCAUAUCAUACAGGCAAGCGAUGUCUCGCAUACAAUGCAACACUGGCAUAUCUACCGAAAGUGGAACCGCCGCCUCUUCUUGGAGAUGUAUUCCGCUUACAAGCAAGGGCGAAUGGGGGCUGACCCGUCGUCAUUCUGGUACAAAGGAGAACUGGGCUUCUUCGACAACUACAUCAUCCCUCUCGCCAAGAAACUUGAAACUUGUGGCAUCUUUGGAGUCAGUAGCGACGAAUGCUUGACCUACGCACAGCAGAACAGGCAAGAGUGGGAAGCAAGGGGGGAGGAGAUUGUCCAAGAACUGGUUGAAGAGGCGCAAGGUGGCCAUGUAGAUGUUGUGGACGAAACCAACCCCAAGAGUGUGGAUGUUUAGAAGAAUUUUUUCACACUCGCUCCACCACGCAUCCUCUCCCUCCUUCCGUCUCCGCUGAGUUCUCCAUCCCUCCCUCUCCCUCCUUCCCUCGAGUUCGUAGCUUCCAGGUUCUCUGACAUUGAACUACGGUAUCCAAACCCUUCCCCGCACACUUGUGGAACCACCUUUGGGACCCCCUCCCCUGAAUAUACACUUUCGUUGGUAAUACAUAUAUAUUCAUCACAUCUACCGCUCUAACUAGCCAGCUAGAUUGAAAACACAAAACUAGACAAUUGUUAGGCCAGUUCCA